AUGGAGUGGGCGGCCAAGAAUGCCACAGUUGCUAUCCAUGACGGCGCAUGGGGCGUCAUCGUUGACAAGACCUAUGCCGUGUACCUUGCUGUCUGCGAUUUGGUGCUGCAACGUUUGGCCCCAGCUGACCAUCACGGGAAAGACAAGGCCCACCUCAAAGACAAUGGCGCCUUUGAUCUUCCGUAUUGGCCUCAGUGGAAGGCGGAUCGAGAGCAGGACAUUCACGAGGUGUUUGGCUGGGCGCGCCGCGACCUUGAGUGCCACUCGGGCACCCUCAACUACGACCACGCACGACGGCUGUGUUGGAGGGCGCUGUACGCCGUAUUCUGGGAGGGCUACGAUGCCGAGGAUGGCCCACCACCGACCGAGCGAGUCGUCCCAGUCCACCUCACCGCCCUCGGCCAGUUCGCAGUCAACCCCGCCAACCUCGAACGCUAUGGCCUGCCCAUCUACCAAGCAGCCGCAUUCGACGAGGUCGACGACCGUGCAGUCAACAGUAGCGUUCGAGACUAG